AUGUCUGUAAUCAACGGAGACAAGGAUACCCUCAAAGACGCUUUCAACGCCGACUUAAAAUACUCCCAGGCCGAGAGGAAAGAUGCUGAAAAUAUAGAAGUUGGCGAGCUCCAAGGCCAGCAAAAUUCUUGGUUAGGAAGUGCAUUUUACUUCGGCUAUCUCAUUGCCAACUAUCCAGCAUCCUUGGGCUUUGUCGAAUUUCCAUUAGCCAAGUACCUCUCGGUCUCAAUCGUCAUUUGGGCUAUUGUCUUGGGGUGUCAUGCGGCUGCGAACAACUUCGUAGGAUUGUGUGUUCUCCGGGUGCUCCUGGGAAUCACGGAAAGUACCGUUAGCCCCGGCUUCAAUUUGUUAACUGGAAUAUGGUACAAGCCCUCGGAGCAUGCGUGGAGACAUGGCAUAUGGUUCUUGGGAAAUGGUGUUGCCAAUACCUUUGGAGGUCUGUUUGCCUAUGGGGUUGCCCAUAUUGAGGUAUCGCUUCGAUCACCAAUGGAAUCGUUUCUAAUUCCUUUGGCUUUCGGCGAACUGGACACCAUUCUACUUGGCAUGCCCAACGGGGGUUUCCAAAUUGCUGCUGUGAUUGCCGCAACAUAUACAGCUUCGAAAGUCCGUAAAUCCCGUCUUCUAAUUAUCAUUGCAGGAUAUUUCUUCGCUCUGAUUGGGAUAUUGCUCGUGAAGGAACUUUUAACAUCCAAUAAAUAUGGACGUUUGACACCGCAGGAUUCACCAAGGAAACCACCAUCAACGCCAUCUUCUUCAUUGGAUACUGUGCCGGCAACAUUGGCGGACCGCAACUUUUCAAAUAGGCCGAAGCACCAAAUGACCAUACGGCAUAAAAUGUAUAUGGACUGGGAGAAUAAACGUCGCGACCGCGAACAGGGAGUUUAUAUCAAUCCCGAACCGAGACACGUGGUAGAUGUUGAUGAGGCGGAUUUAACUAUCGAGAGGUUUGCAAUCUGUCACGAUGUACUGGCGCCUUAUCACCUUCUUACGGGCGGAUUAGCUACAUUGAGAUCGUUUGUUGCUCCAUCAGCGAGUAAAGAUUUUCCAAUUGGAAUUAGCCUCAGCCUAGACUACAUGUUAGUAGUCCAGCAAAAUGUAGAUUCGAAAUCACUGGCUAUUACUGACCUUGUACCAAGAUCAUCAGCAUACAUCACAGAAAGUGAAGAUUUCGUAACAACAGCUAGUAUCGAGACUACACAAGACUGGAAAAAUUCUCCCGUUCAUUGUCUUCGAAAACGUCGCGACGAGGAACGUGGCAAUCGAAAUUCUACCUGGCAUGAACGACAAGCAUACGGACGCAAUAACGCGAAAGCGCUUGAUUAUCCUCCGGGGACUGAUAUUGAUUCAGAGCAGAAUCUCCUCCUACAUUUUGACUACCAAAACCGUCUGCUAGAGGUAUCGAUGAAUGACGUAGGGACGACAAUUACGGUUGUAGAGGGGUCUUUUCGAAUUGUUGGUUUUGGUGAGGCGAAACAAGUUGCUUCUCCCAAAGAGCUCGAAAAUCUCGGCAUCCGCCUAAAAUCUCUCGUCAACGGGGGCUUAUCAUCACCAACCUGCGAGCCCGUCCAGCUCUCAGAUUUCAGACGCAUUAUCUUCAGCGAUCGAUUUGUCGAGGGUAUCGAGCCAAAAUGGGUGGGUGCAGUGGGAACUGCGAAAAGGGCUAAGGAAUAUUGGGUGGAUCCGCCGGUUUUUGAGACUGAGGAACAGAUCUAUGAUUUUGAGGAGGGGCAUGAUGAGUUGUGA